AGGUAAUCUACACGACUUGGAUGUUCAGACAAAUAGGAAGAUCUACUGGGAUCGUAGGAUUGUGAGGACGCUGAAAAUGUCUGAUCAUGGGGCUUAGCAACGGCCACAGGUGGAAGUUGUGAUGAAGGUCGAAGGUCAACAGCCUUCAACCUCCACUCCUCCUUCUCCACCUCUGACUGCUACUCAGCAGGAAAAGAAGGAGCUGCAAGAACAACUGCGGUGGCAACAGGACCGUCUUGCAGAAUUGGAACGUCAGGAGGCAACUGAGCUAGAGGCUGCAACAGAUAAUUCCAGAAGGGACUAUCUGUUGCAGCAGCUGGACAAGGUGCUCACAGAUGACCGUUGUGCACAGGUGACUAAACACCUUGCAGAGACUAUCAUCCUGGAGCACAAGAUCACCAGUUUCUAUUUUACGAACUGGGAUGACCGCUUUGAGCGUUUGGAGCGUCGGGUUGACGACCUGGCAGCUCAGCAGUCCAAGAUUCUGGACGCGAUUCAGAACUUGACUGCUCAGCUGUCAACCGCCAAGCUGAUUGCCCCUCAGCUCCCUCUGCUGAAACCCAAACCUUCUCCUCCUUCUCGUCCUUCAACCCCCCCUGGUUCAGCACAUUAUUCCCGGUCACCAUCUCAUUCCCAAAAGGCCGCAGGCAAGGCCACCUAUGCGGCUGUUACUGCAGGAGACCAAAGAGGUCCCAAGAUCCCUCCUCCCAACAAGUUUAGGGGUGAUGACCCCAAGACCGAUGUUGGGGACUGGGCUGCUGGGACCAAAGCCUACUUGAGGGGCUUUGUCUGUGCAGAGCAGACCAAGGCGGGGACUGUUCUGGGACUGCUGGAGGGACCCGCUCUGAAGUGGGCCACCUCAACCUCCAGCAGUCUGCAGCAGUCCAUGGAGGACUGGACUUUUGGGCUUGGGGUGGACAGACUUCUGCAGACCCUGGAGGACCGAUUUGCAGACAAGGAGCGGGCCAGCAAGGCUGCUGACAGGAUUGCUCGCCUAGGACAGCAGCGGUACAGCGGUACCCUGCAGACCUUGUUUACUGAGUUCAAGCAACUUACCUCCACCCCUGGGUUGGUCAUGUCCAGAGAUGAUCUGCUGACCAACUUCUGCAGGGCAGCGCCUGAGAAGUUUGUUGUUGCUUUGUAUAGCGCUGGGCACAAGGACUGGAGGUCCUUUGGCCGUGCAGCGCUGGACAUGGAGGCAAAGCUUCAUGUCCAGGCCCCAUCCUCGGACAGGAGGAAAGUUUCCAGUGUUGCACCUUCAUCUACUCAGGUAGAUGAAUCUGCAGCUGUUUCAAUUGAGACUGUAGGUGACAAUGUUUGUUUGGGGACUGCGCGGGCAACAUCCUUUUGCUAUGAGGAUCCUGACCCGGAUCAGGACCCGGGGCAGGAUGAGCUUCAGUCACUUGCAACCUUCUUCCUUCACCUGAAGGAACAGAAGAAGCGCAAGUCUGAUCUCAUCAUGCUUCGACCCCUGAUCAACCGCAUCAGGAUCACUGGGUUCUUGGACUGUGGAGCUACCAGGAACUUCAUAUCUCCCAGUGCAGUUAAAAAGCUGCAUCUGCGCAUGAAAGUACAACAGCUGCAGCAACCGCUGCUAGUGAGGAUUGACGACUCUACAGUACCGAGCAUCAGGGAGAAGGUCCAGGGUAUCCCUGUGACCUUCGACAGUGCUGGAGAAGUCAGACAUAGUCUGAACUUCUACAUCUUCCCUGAGCUACCCUUUGACUUGGUGUUCUCCAUGCAGUGGCUGAAGGCAGUCAACCCAAGGAUCGACUGGCAGAUCCCAAAGGUUGAGCUACCUAAUAGCCAGGGGGUGUAUCAGCCAUGCAUGAUUGCUGCUGAUCACCACCUUAAGACAUCUUGCUACUGCCUGAGAGCGAGAGAGUUUCAUGAUCUCUCACGCCGGUAUCACCACGAGCGUCUGUUUAUUGCUUUGGUCAAGCAAACACAUGCUCCCCCUGUUUCCUGUCCUCCUGAGAUACAACAGGUGGUAGAUCAGUAUGCUGAUCUGACGAAGGAGCCCUUUGGGUUACCCAACUGGCCAACCAAGCAUCACAUCGAGCUGCUGCCUGGAGCGGUCCCUCCUAAGGGCCGCAUCUACAAGAUGUUCCCUGCUGAGCUAGAGGAGCCCAGAAAGCAGCUUGAGACCCUGACCAGCAAGGGAUGGAUCAGACGCAACACUUCUGAAUUCGGUGCACCUGUUCUCUUUAUGCCCAAAGGGAACGGCGAGUUCAGAAUGUGCAUUGACUAUAGGGGUCUCAACAAGAUCACUGGGAAGAGUACUGAGCCACUUCCUAGGAUUGAUGACCUCCUGGACAUGGUGCAGGGCUGCACAGUGUUCAGCAAAGUCGACCUCAAAUCUGGCUACCACCAGAUUGAGAUGGCAGAGGAGGAUGUCUACAAGAUAGCCUUCAAGACCAGGUAUGGGAUUUAUGAGUUCCUGGUUAUGCCAUUCAGACUUUGCAACGCCCCAGGCACCUUCCAGACAGAGAUGUACCGCAUCUUCAGGCCUUACCUGGACAAGUUUAUGGUUGUCUACCUGGAUGACAUCCUGGUAUUCAGCAAAACCGCCAGGGAACAUGUGGAGCACUUGGCUCUGGUCCUUCAGUCGUUACGUGACAGCCUGUACAAGAUCAACAGAGAGAAAUCCUCUUUUGGAGUUCCCUCUGUAAUCUAUCUGGGUCAUGUAAUCUCUGGAGAUGGCCCGACUCCUGAAGCAGCCAAAAUUGCUGCUAUUCAGGAGUGGCCUCAGCCACAGACAGUGAGGGAUGUCAGGUCCUUCAUGGGUCUAGCCUCGUACUACAGAAAGUUUGUCAGGAACUUUUCUGCAGUGGCUGCAUCCCUGACCAACCUAACAAAGAAAGAUACUCCCUUUCUUUGGUCCCUUCCCUGUCAGUUGGCCUUCAUACGACUCAAGAAGGCCUUGACUCGUGCGCCCAUGCUGAAGUUACCUGACCCCACUUUGCCAUUCAUCCUGACCACUGACGCCAGUCAGUAUGGCAUUGGGGCAGUUCUUCAGCAGGAUGAUGGGAAUGGUCUACGACCUGUAGAGUUUAUGAGUAAGAAGAUCAAGACUCAAAAGCUCCAGGACUCCACCUACGAGAAAGAGCUAUACGCUCUUGUCUGUGCCCUGAAACACUGGAAACACUUUCUCCUGGGAAGACACUUCAAGAUCUUCUCAAAUCACUCCACCCUUCAGUGGAUGAAGUCCCAGGGAAAGUUGAAUGAUAAGUUGGCACGAUAUAUUCAGUUCAUUGACAUGUUUGACUUUGAACUGAAGCAUAAGAAGGGCUGCUACAACAAGGUAGCAGAUGCCCUCUCUCGUAGGCCUGACUCUUUUGCGCCGAUCUCCUCUACUCACUCCUUUGGAGAGGAGACCCGUCAGACCAUUGCUCGUCUACUGCCUCAGGAUGAGACUUUCGGACCCAUUGUCAGGAGUCUGCAAGCGGAUCCUAACUCUGAACCAGGAUAGGCUCUGAGUUCAGACCUGCUGUAUACCUACAGUUGAGGUGAG